AAUAGGGCCCAAGGCGUAGAAGUAGGGAUUGGAGGCUUGCCUGGCGCACAGAGCUAUAUCACAGCGCUAACAGGCAGCUCGGAGCGUCAUUUGAACUCCAGUCACCGCACAGACGCGUCUCGCGGCUGGCUCCGUAAGACAACACAUGCGCCAGUCCUCGACGUACCUGGACACGCCGACGGAGCCGAAACAGAACACGCGCGCUGGUCCCAAGUCGCCUGCUAUUAGGGAGACUUUCGGCUUUUCCUCUGCUGGGAGACGCUUCGUGAAAAGUCCUCCAUGAUGCUUGGAGCAGUUAAAAUGGAAGGACACGAACACACCGACUGGAGCACCUACUACGCAGAGCCCGAGUGUUACACCUCGGUUGGCAACAUGAACACGGGCCUGGGAAUGAACUCGAUGAACACCUACAUGAGCAUGUCCGGCAUGGGCACCACCGCCAACAUGGCGGCCAACUCCAUGAACAUGUCGUACGUCAACACGGGCAUGAGCCCCUCCAUGACCGGCAUGUCGCCGGGCACCGGGGCCAUGAACGGCAUGGGCGCGGGCAUGACGGCCAUGAGCGCAGCGCUGAGCCCCAGCAUGAGUCCCAUGACCGCGCAGCCCGCGUCCAUGAACGCGCUGAGCUCCUACAACACCAUGAACGCCAUGAGCCCCAUAUACGGACAGUCCAACAUCAACCGGUCCCGAGACCCCAAGACCUACCGCAGGAGCUACACGCACGCCAAGCCCCCGUACUCGUACAUCUCCCUCAUCACCAUGGCCAUCCAGCAGUCUCCCAGCAAGAUGCUGACGCUGGCCGAGAUCUACCAGUGGAUAAUGGACCUCUUCCCUUUUUACCGACAGAACCAGCAGCGCUGGCAGAACUCCAUUCGCCACUCGCUGUCGUUCAAUGACUGCUUCCUCAAGGUGCCCCGGUCGCCGGAUAAGCCGGGCAAGGGCUCCUUUUGGACUCUCCACCCGGACUCCGGCAACAUGUUCGAGAACGGCUGCUACCUGCGCAGGCAGAAGCGCUUCAAGUGCGACAAGAAGGUCGGGCCGAAGGACGGCGGCGGGCGCAAGGCGGGGGACGGCGGCUCCUCCAACAGCAGCUCCGAGAGCUGCAACGGCAACGAGUCGCCGCACUCCAACUCCUCCGCCGGCGAGCACAAGAGGUCCCUGUCGGACAUGAAGGCGAGCCAGGCCCUGAGCCCGGAGCACGCCGCCGCCUCGCCGGUGUCGCAGGGGCAGCACCUCAUGUCGCAGCAUCACUCGGUGCUCGGCCACGACGCGCACCUGAAGCCGGAGCACCACUACUCCUUCAACCACCCGUUCUCCAUCAACAACCUCAUGUCGUCGGAGCAGCAGCAUCACAAAAUGGACCUAAAGACUUACGAGCAGGUGAUGCACUACUCCGGCUACGGCUCCCCGAUGACCGGGGCCCUGUCCAUGGGCUCCAUGGCGGGGAAGGCCGGCCUGGAUCCGUCAUCCAUACCCGACACAACGUACUACCAAGGCGUCUAUUCCAGGCCAAUCAUGAACUCCUCAUAAACUCUCCGCCGCGCCCCGCGAUCCCACGUGGACUUUUUCUUUCCCCCUCUCAAUUUGUACAUUUGUAAAGAGAAAAAAAAAAAAUAUAGAGUUUGUGUACAAUAUGUAUUUCAGAUAUUUUUUGAUGUUUCCCACCGUUUUAGUUGUCGAGUUUGUUAGUAGCCUAAUUAUUCCGAGGAAGGGGUGUUGACGAUAAUAAUUAAAAUGAUGAUGAUGAUGAUGAUGAUGAUGAUGAUUUAAAGUGAUGAUAAUGUGACGAGAUCUGUUCAGAGGUCGGCUUCAGGAAUGGAUCCCCAAAGACAAACCACAGACUUGCUGUAAAAUAGCCCACAUCCGCAUACCUGGAUUCCUCAGUGAAUUUUAAUGCCUCGCAGGAUUUUUUCUUCAAUCAUUUGUGUAAUUCCUAUUUAUGGCUCGUAUAUGUGUAUUCUUGUAGUGACAAGAACAGAAUCUAUAUUAAAGUGUUAUUGGUUUUGUUUCCUGAA